GGGGUCGUCACCAACGUCCUGAAUAUGCUGGUCCUGUCGCGUCACGGCAUGGGCGAUUCCACGAACGUUGUCCUGGUGGCACUGUCCCUCUCGGAUCUGAUUUUUUCAACGUCCGAAACAUUCAGCAGAUCAGUCCGAAUUGUCAACCGUUAUGACCUCGCCUGGGCGGACGCCUUAUCCACGAUCCAAUUCAUCGGGUUCGUUCGUGUCAGCCUGUGGGCCAUGGUCACGAGCACCUGGCUGGUGUCCGUUAUAUCCGUCGAGCGAAUGCUGGCCGUGUGUUUUCCUUUUCACGUUUCACGACUGACGUCACCGAAGAAAAUGACGUGCACCGUUGUUUUGGUCUACAUUUUCGUAACACCUCUAUAUUACCCGUACCUCGGUCACUUCUACGCCACCUGGGACUACGACCCGGUGCUCAACAAAACGUAUCUCUAUCUCUACAUGACACAGUGGUAUUAUGACAACUACUGGUGGCUGACUGUUCACGAGCGCUACAUCCUCCCGUCCUUCGCCACGACCAUCCCCAUGGUCGCCAUACUCGUGGGCACGUUCACCACCAUCGUGGCGCUCACAACGCAGACAGCUCAACACAAACGCGUUCUGAACACUUCGUCGCUGAGAGCAAGGCGCGCGAAGGAAAUGAAAUCUGUCAAGAUAUCCCUGCUCAUCUGUUUGUGUCUGGCGUUUUCUAUCCUGAUCCCCAACGCCGCCCUGGACGCAUGGAUAGGGUUAAAUAUCCACGCAGUGCCUCUUGUGAUACUUGAUAUGAUACGUGACUUUACGCAGCUCGCCGUCCAGUUGAAUGCGUCCAUGAAUUUUUUCAUUUACGUCGCCUUGAGUUCAAAGUUUAAGGAGACAUAU